AUGAGGUUUGAUCAUCAUGUCAUCUGCAUUUCUCUUUUCUUUUUGGUAAUGUCAAGCUGCAUCCUCCAAGGGUUAGUUAUUGAAGCCAGAAAGACUCCUAAACAAAGUGGUUUUCACAAGACAUUAGGUGAUGAGAAGAUGUUUCUAAGGGCUCAAAUAGGGUCAAGGCCACCAAAAUGUGAUAGAAGGUGUAGAACAUGUGGACACUGUGAGGCUAUUCAGGUGCCUACAAAUCCUCAAGUGCAAAAUGGAAAGAUAAACUCUUCAAAGUUCAAUUCAGUUGCUUAUUCAAGAGGAAAGGACAAUUCCAAUUACAAGCCUAUGAGUUGGAAAUGCAAAUGUGGAAGCCUCAUUUUCAACCCCUAA